CCGCCGUGACGCAGCAUCUCGUCCAGCCUGAAGGGUGCUAAGGCUGCGUUGUGGUGGGGACCCGGUUCGGUAUCGGACCGGUCUGUCUCACCAUAAGAUCCGUUUAUACGGAAUAGAGAACACACCGAGUUUCUGACUAGAGGGUAUCUUAGCUGAGGCUCAAACGUUUUCCCCCAAAAGCUUUUUACAUAAUUUAGGAUCAAAUGAGCAAGAAGAGGAUGGAUCCCCUCUACUGAUGGCUGAUUUAAAGAAGAUGGGAACAUAGUCCAUGAUCCAGCGUACUCCAGCAGCAUGAUUGGAGCUUCAUCCAGUCUCUCUGGUGACACCCUGAUAGCGUGCCACUUCCCUGUGGUGCAGCUUCCCACCUGGCAGCUUCCUGUCCGGACCCCGUGCAGCUCAGCCAAGAGACCUGGCCGGCUGUGCUCCGCAGGCCUGACCCGGGCUGCCUCCCUCCCAGAGCAAGCCACGCUCAGCCGAGAGUAUCCCUUCGCAGGUGGAGGAAGACGUUUUUCCAGCAGCUACGGUAUUCUCAAUGAAGAUCGGGCAGAAGAGGAAGGAACUAGCGACAGCAGCGGGCGGGACGACUCCACGUCAUCACCAGAGGAGACUAGUUCCCACCUGAGGAAGGAAAACACACAGCUGCGCUCACACAACUCAUUCCUUCCUAACACAGAGCUAGAGGAGGAUGAGGAUAGUGAUGGAGACAAUCUCCACAGAUAUCACGAGGAUUCAUCUUUUGUGUUACAUGGUAUGUCCAACUGGUCACUUAGUAAUGGUGAUGUAAACUACACACUGCCUGAUGGGGACAUGGACAGCGAAUGGGGCAAUGAAGGGAUGAUGCUGGGGAUGGAGAGGGAGCCGGACGUCCAGAUGGACUCGCUGCUGCGUGAGUGCCAGUUCCAUGUGAGCAGAUCCGGCACCAGUCUGACCUCUUGUUUGGAGCAGGGCUCCGUCAGACUGCAAGAAAACAUGUCCCGCUGCAUCUACAGCCAGCACAGAUGUUCCCCAGAGCUGCCGCCCAACAGCGACUCCUCCUGCAACAGCUCUGACGGUGUUUUGGUGAACUUCUGCACCAUCUACAACAAGAGCAAUAACCCUGCCACCCCCCAUGAUCUCAGCAACCCUGCACUUCACCCCUCCCACUCAUCUGAGGGAUCUGUGUUCCUCAGCCUUCAGCCUGUUCCUCAAAGCGCAGCACACGCCGACAUGGCAGUGUCCUCCCACCCACAACAGGACGUUGACAUAAUUCUCUCUGGGUCCUGUUGUUCUUCUCAAGGCCUGGACUCCAACUGCAACCUCUACUCUCUGGAGCCUCCUCCUCCAGGUCUCUCCUCUCUAGAAGUUUCUGAUCUGGCUGCUUGUCUGCAAGGACAGGCCUCCCUGGCCAUGGAGGCCAACCAGAAAUACUACAAGCUAGUGACUUGUGACCUUUCCUCCCAGUCACCCAGCCCUGCCUGGUCCAGCCUCACCAGCUGCCUGCCCGAGGGGCCAGGCAGAAUCAGCCCCUUCCUUCCUCCUGUCGACUCUAAGAAAGAAGUACAAGAUGGUGAAGUCAAGAAGGCAUGUGAUCACCCCGUUGCUACUACCUCCACUGACAAAACCCUCAGUUGGAGGCAGCAUACAGACAGCGUGCAGAUCCUCACCCACUCUCCCGUUCUGUGUAGCUCACAGAGCAGGAGACGCCGAGAGGCAGGAGCCAGAUCCACUCAGCCAUCUGGGUCUAAAAAGUAUCACCACCAUGAUGCAGAUGACAGAGGAUUGUCCUCCUUACACAGUAAGCCUCAGAGGCCCACCUCGCUGCCCAUCCAGCCGUUUGUUCUGGUCCCCGCCGGAAAACCACAGCACCUGGGGGGGCUGCUGGAGCAGUACAUCAGUCAUAAAAGCAGCAAGCCUGGCAGCUCCCAGAAUGGCCUCAAAUUCAAGGGGAAAAGUAGCCUGUGUUUGUCUGACCUUAAUUCGUCACAAACAGGAAGCAACGGCCUCGUAUUCCUCGAGGCUUCGUCCAGCUCGGACACCUGCUCCACCUGCACUCCGAGUCCACAGCGUCCAAUCCGCAGACACACAUGGAGCCAGUUCAACAAAAAUCACGGCUCCCCAAACACAUCAGGACCCAGCCUGGACCCACAGAACGUUAAAGCCACGACUCUGACGCUAAAUAAAGCAAGUUCACAUGGUGGCAAAACUAACAAUCAGUCCAAACUUGUGAAGAUUCCCACAUGCCAGGACCUAAUUUACUUCUCCUCUGAGUCUGAACGUCCAAACGAGUCCACCAUCAACCCUGCAUACCACUUGACUAGCCCACCAGGACCCCGGUCACCUCUUAAAACCACACCGCAACUGAAGCUCCAUCGUGCUGCUCCUGUAGCUGACCCUGGGUUGUUCCACAGCAGUGUUAAAGCUGCCCUCUCUGCAGUGGCUCCUCUCUCCUCCUUAAGCUCCUUCCUCUCCUCAGCCACUUCAGGCCUGCAUCCCCAGAUAGUCCAGGGCACCGCUGGGCUCGGUUCUAAACAACAUCAGAGCCAGUCUCUCAUUCUGAGUGACAAGCCUCCUGCAGAGUUCUGCCUUUCCCCCGACACAUCGUAUGAGUCCAUGUCUAUCAGUCAUCUUCAGAGAAAAGGUCUGCUGAGGUCAGUCAGCAAUGCUGUGGAUUUGCUCAUGGCUCAUUUCGGACGCAGCAGAGACCCAGAUGAAAAGAUGCGUCUGGGCAACAGCUCCUACAGUCCCACCGUUUCUGGCCUGGUUCUGGAACACCUGUGUCCCGCCAUCCAGAACAUUUUAGAAGACGGACUCAGGGAUCACCAACUGGAUUUCAUCAUCGGGCAAAGACGUAAUCACUCCUGGAAUGUGGUGGAUAUCUCCACUAGAGCGGGUCCAUCCGUCAGGGUCCUUCAGAGCCUGGUGUCCAAAAUCAAGCACUGUCCUGAGCUCACCAGCCACUGUAUGAGACUGAGAGCCUUCCUCAUGGGUCUCCUAAACUUGAGGUCUUUGGAGUUCUGGCUCAGUCACCUCCAGAGUCAGACAGAUGUGGUGACAGCAUACUACCACUCCUGGGGGUUCCUGUAUGUGUCUCUGGGCCGGGGCCAGCCUCUGUUCCAGGAGCUGCUGCUGCUGCUGCAGCCGCUCUCUGUGUUGCCCUUUGACCUCAACUUGCUCCUGGAGCCACGCCUGCUGGGUCACAGACAGCUGGAGCAGGAAGCUUUCCCAACUCGGCCGUGCUCAGCGCUGCUCGUGACCAGCUGGCCUAAGCUACGAGCUGACAGGAAGUCAGACAGCAGUGAUGAAAGUCACCUUAAAGCUUCGCACAAUCAGGAACUUUUAAGUUCUCACAGUUCAAGUUGCUGCAAGCAGCAACAUGGAAGCAGCAGUCCGUCGGUGGCUUCAAUUCCAGAGUUUUCACAAAACAAACCCGAUCCUGUGGAAAGAGGAGAUCGAGAGGUGGAAUUUUGCCAAAAUCAUGCCGAUGUUUGGUUUCAAAUCAGCAUGGAUGGGAAGAAAGAUGAGACGAGAGAGGAGAAAGAUGGGGAGACCCAAAAUACUCCAGUUCAGUUAGAGGAGAGCAGACUGCGCUGGGCCAAACUUUUUAGAGCCAAAAAGAGUUCCCCGCAUCCCCCUGGAACACAAGCAACAACGAACAAGCUACCAUCCCGUUGGUUCCAUUUGGACCGAUUGCAGCUCGGCAUGCUGGCCCGAUCCAUCCGCUCUUUGAAGCUAGGUGGAGCUCCGAUUCUCAAUAACUGCUGAGAGGGAAACCUUGUUCUGAGGAACACAAGACUGGACUGGUCUUUAGUGCAUGAAGACACACUCACUGAGCUCAGAUUCAGUUCUGAACUGGUAAAAAUAAAAGCACAAAGAUGCUAAACAAAAGCCACUGACAUAUUUAUCAAGUUUCAAGUUACAGUUACAUCAAUUUUCUAAUACAUACACAAUGGUUAAUAUUUAGAAAAAUGCUCAUAGUAGGUCUGUGAUCAGAAGGCUUUUUAUAAAAUGUGAGCAUAACUAAGAUGGCAAGUUGAGUUCCAGCUCUAAAAUCCUAAACAUCACAACGUUUGUGAUGUUACAUGCAAUAAAAUACCACUUCAGAACAAACCAGAUUCAGAGCAUCUUCCCACCAAUACAUUGAUAAAUAAAAAUCAAUAGCAAUAAUCUGCAUCUGUACUCUGAAUUAUCCAGUUCAGGUGCUCGUGUUCAACUCCCUUGCUUUUAAUCUAGACACGUUUGUCAAAAAUGUUCAGAUUUUUCUCCUGUGCUGAGAGAACUGAUUCCAUUGCCAGAUGUUACACUCACACACCAGCCCCUUAGGAAGGGGUAACAUUAUUGUGAUUGGUGUUCAUUAUCAGUAUUUUCCCAGCAUGGAUUCACAGUAGGUGCAUGACUUGAUGCUUUUCCCUGUUGUCUCCUGGCUGUACACAUGUUUGCCCUCUGGUGGUUAAUUCAGAUAUAACAUGCACAUUCAUCAAAUCAAUAAUUUUUUUUAUGUUAAAAAUUGUUUCAGCUUUUUUCAUCUGGUUGUUUGAAACCUGUUGACAAUCAGUUUCCAUCAAUAAAAACCUAAU